AACUUUGCUGUUAAUCAUAAUGUAUAAACAUCAUUCAAGGUCUGGCGAAGUUAGGCGAUGAUAGGCAUGCGUCAUGCAUUGCGCGGCCUGUCUUGCUUCUGGUCUUACAAGCUCGUAAAGUGAGAGCAUUUAAUGGUUGAAAACUGCUUAACUGGACCUACGCUGAAGUAAUUAAUUUACCAUUCAGUUACUGUGAUAAUAAAUUUAUAGGUACCUCAAGAAUACCGGUGAACGUGCUGAAUUUUUUUAAUAGUAAUGACUUAUUUUUCGACUCAAGGUGGCCAAGCGGAUGAUGUUAACUAGAAUGUACAGGUGGUUUACAUUGCCUGUGCAUAUUCAGCUCCCGUUACAACACGCUUGAGCACUACGAUCGACUAAUUCUCAAUACUAGCGACGUCUCUUGCCAGGCAACCACCGGUCCAGUGUUAAAAGUCAUGUCUCUACUCAAGAUGAUGAACCCUGUGACUGCUAGGAUGUAUGGAGGCAUGGUGAAGAGAGGAUUGGCGUCUGCAGCUCCCACAACCAAACUCUUCAUCAAUGGUCAAUUUGUGGAAAGCAAGUCUGACAAAUUCUUGGAUGUUCACAACCCUGCAACAAAUGAGGUUGUGACACGAGUUCCCUGUGCCACUGCUGCUGAGAUGGAAGCUGCAGGCUCUGCUGCAGUGGAAGCCUUCAAGACUUGGUCUCAAACUUCAGUGCUGACACGACAGCAGCUCAUGUUCAGAUAUCAGGAACUCAUUAAGAAAAACAUGAAAGAAUUGUCCAAGCUUGUGACUCUUGAGCAAGGAAAAACAUAUGCUGAUGCUGAUGGCGAUGUUCUACGUGGUCUCCAGGUCGUGGAGCACUGCUGCAGCGUCACCAGUCUGCAGCUAGGCGAGACAAUGCCCAGUAUUUCCCGUGACAUGGACGCCAUCUCAUACAGAGUGCCUCUUGGGGUCUGUGCUGGUGUUGCUCCAUUUAACUUCCCUGCGAUGAUCCCUCUAUGGAUGUUUCCUGUGGCGAUCGUCUCCGGCAACACGUACGUGUUCAAGCCUUCAGAGCGUGUGCCUGGCGCCACGAUGCUGCUUAUGAAGCUCCUGCAGGAGGCAGGCUGCCCUGACGGCGUCGUCAACGUAAUCCAUGGCCAACACGAGGCCGUCAAUUUCAUAUGCGACUAUCCCGCCAUCAGAGCCAUUUCCUUUGUUGGCUCUGAUCAGGCUGGCCGCUAUAUAUACGAGCGCGGAAGUCGCAAUGGGAAGCGCGUGCAGAGCAACAUGGGCGCCAAGAACCACGGGGUCAUCAUGCCCGAUGCAAACAAAGACAACACCAUCACACAACUCGUCGGUGCUGCGUUUGGCGCUGCUGGACAGAGGUGCAUGGCACUGAGCACAGCUGUGUUCGUGGGCGAAGCACGCAACUGGCUGCCUGAUCUCGUCGCUAAAGCCAAGGCUCUGAAAGUCAACGCUGGGCACGAGCCUGGAGCUGAUCUAGGACCCGUCAUCUCACCUCAAGCCAAGAAUCGGAUCGCAUCGCUGGUCCAGAGCGGUAUCGACGAGGGAGCGGAGUGCCUUCUCGAUGGCCGCGACAUCAAAGUUCCAGGCUAUGAACACGGAAACUUCAUUGGACCGACCAUUCUUUCUGAUGUUAAGCCAAAUAUGAAGUGCUACACUGAGGAAAUUUUCGGCCCAGUGCUCGUGGCAGUCUCUGUAGACACGCUCGAUGAUGCCAUUGAACUGAUCAACAGCAACCCUUACGGUAACGGCACUGCAAUAUUCACUACCAACGGCGCCACUGCAAGGAAAUUCACUAACGAAAUUGACGUGGGACAGAUCGGAGUCAACGUGCCUAUUCCUGUUCCCUUGCCGAUGUUUUCCUUCACGGGUUCACGGGGCUCAUUCCUCGGCGACGCCAAUUUUUAUGGAAAAUCUGGUUUAAACUUCUAUACUCAGUGGAAAACUGUGACGCAAAUGUGGCGUGACUCAGACGCGACUCCAACCGGCACGGCCACCGCCAUGCCAGUCAUGCGCUAACCAGUCACUCAGAUGAGGGCGAGGAUCGCGUCCGGCGGAGCGUGAAUAGUCGCGACAACUAAGACUGGCAGCCGGUGACAUCAUUAAUGAUGACGACCAUAACUUGGAGACGCCAUGGCAUUUGAAGGCGGCUAGAUCUGUCUCUUCAUCUCAAAAUUCAGACUUCAAGGCUGAUAUACGCAUUGUUCAUCGUUGCAAACAGCGAUCAUGCAUAACUAUGCAUCAAUUUAUCAGCAGGUUUCAAACUUCUACAUAUUAAAAUUAUGAAAAUGGAUAUAGCUGCAAGCCUGGACCACAGAAUACCUUCUACUACUACUUUCCUACUUUCAUAAUGUGAUGCGAGAUGAAGCAUAAUUUCUUUUAUCAUUUCCGAUCAUUCGUUGGCCAUAUUUCAUCUUAGUAGGUCAAACUUGGCCUAUUCAUCAGCGCCGAUACUACCACACUACACUAUACUAUAGUGAUGUUUCAAUACAAUCUUGUUAAUGCAGAUUCUAAGGAAUUCAAUUUAUGUUUAGAAUGAUUUGUAAUGAAAUUAAAGUUUUAUUGUUAGCAAAUGUCAUUAUUUGAUGUAACGCAUUUCAAAAAUUUAAGUCGUUUCUUUGCUUAUUGAGAUUUUAAUUUAAGGUUAUGGAAUGUCUGCUGGAUAGUAUUAUUUUUUUGUUGCUUCUGUGUUGCUCUCUGAGAGUUUUCGUAUUCCUGCAAAAGAUGCUUUCACGUGUUCAAGAGAUUUAGUAGGAACGCUUUAUCUCAUUCUUAUUAAUGCUCAUUUGAUAGUUUAUUCCCGUAUGUACUAUAAAUUUGUAGGUGAGAUUAUGCUAUUGUUAAAAUUUGUACUACAAAUAUCUAGAUAUUUGCUUGAC